UUUGUUGUCGCUUAAUUACAAUGAGUAAAUUGUAUAAAAUAAUAUUCAAAAUGAUUGGCAUCCGUUGUAAACAUGAUGAGAGCAAUAAUAAAGAGUAAAAUUUUUUCUUCUUUUCUCAGUUUUUGAUAUGAUUUGAUUUAUAAUAACAAUAGUUUGGUGUGACCGACUGAUUGGGUUGUCAAUGAAUUUUACCUUCAAUGAACCUGUCAAGGAACAGAGGUAAACAUUGUUGGUGUUGAUGGUGAUGAUGAUGUGAAACGAUAUGACGGGCUACAAGGUAAAGGGGAGGAUUGAGAGGCGGGCAAAGAGAGGUGAGAGAGGGAACCGAGUGAGACGAGAUAAAGGGAACCAUGAUGAUGGGAUGAUGAAGCGUUCAGCGGUGAAGUUGAGCACAAUUUUGAGCCUUCAUUUUCAAACUCUUUUUUGCUUGCUGUUCAAACCUGUUGACGAGAUAAAAUUAGUUUUCAAAUUGACAGAUCACUACAAUUGUACAGUUGAUUGCUUAACUCGAUCCGUUAUUUGAUCGCACAACAAACACACGAAAAUAUACAAACAUUUAAACAAUCAUCAGUUUCAGCAAAUCAUUCAACAGAAUUGUGUAUCAAUUUCAAGAUGAUAUUAGGAUAACUGUUCAACUGUUCAACGAGUAAAGUAAAAGUCAAGGAAACAAAAUUAACAAUCAUAAUUAAUUGUUAAUCAGUAAAUAGUUUCCUCUAAUAAAAGUCUUUCAAUAUUUACAUUGUGUCUGCUUUAUCCAUUUACAUUUAAACUCUUCAUUGCUGGUAAAUGCCUGGAUUACAUUCAAAACCUUUAACCAUGAUUCUGGUUUAAUUUGGUUUCAUUGUUACACAUUCACCAAUUACAAGUUUAACCAGAUUUCACCUCAUAUUUAUCAUGAAAUACCCUCUCUUCUGGAGACUUUACCUGUUAAUCUUAAGUGCCAUUUCAUAUACACAAGGACAUGUAACAUACAUUGAACCUCGAUACCCAUUAAAGGGAGAACGAUCACCUCCUGGAUCACCUUGGCCUCUUCCAAGAACAUGGACCCGAAUGACAUUACAAUAUAGCUUAAGUCCUGAUCAUUUUGAGCUUAAAUCAAAUCUUAAUUGUGAAAUCAUUGAAGCAGCUCUCCUACGUUACCGAGGCCUCAUCUUUAUUGACAGAUCCAAAACCAUAUCACCCAAACACAAGGAACUUGAAUCUCUCAAGGUUCAUAUCGAUGACACUCGCUGUGGUUACCCAAAAUUUGGUGAUAACGAAAAAUAUAGCCUUACCAUUCCAGAUAAAGAUGCCAGUGCCUCACUUAGAGCCAAAACAGUUUGGGGCGCUCUUCGCGGUUUGGAAACAUUUUCCCAGCUUGUAUACAUUGACGAAAAAACUGGUUAUUACCUAAUCAAUUCAACUCGAAUCGAAGAUUGGCCAAGAUUUUCGUACAGAGGAAUCAUGAUUGACACAGCUCGCCAUUUUAUCCCAAUGAAAGUGUUACUAAAGAAUCUUGAUGCUAUGUCUUGGAAUAAAUUCAAUGUUUUUCAUUGGCAUAUUAUUGACGAUCAAUCAUUUCCCAUGGAGAGUAAAGUUUUUCCCAAUCUAACCAAAUUGGGAGCCUACAAUGAUCGACUAAUUUAUACCCAGAAAGAUAUUAAACAGUUGAUUGAAUAUGCAAGGUUUCGAGGAAUCAGAGUUAUCCCUGAAAUUGAUACACCAGGACACACCAAAGUAAUGGGACGAGCAUUUCCAUCUUUACUGACAACUUGCUACGAUGGUGACACUCCUGCUCAAUCCGUGUAUGGUAAACACUCGUCCCAUGAAAAUUUAAAUCCUGCUCGAAAUGAAACCUUUGAAAUACUCCGUCAAUUGUAUACUGAAGUUAAAAACUUGUUUCCCGAUGAUUUUAUCCAUCUGGGUAUGGAUGAAGCUUAUUAUGAUUGCUGGAAAAGCAGUCCAGAGAUUCGUAAUUUUAUGGAUACAAAGCGUUUCACGGAAAUGAAACAAGUUGAAAAGUAUUACAUUGACAGAACCCUUGAAAAUAUCAAAAGCCUGGGCUAUAAAUACAUUGUUUGGCAGGAUCCAAUUGAUAAUAAUGUUACAAUUUCUAAAGAUGCCAUUGUUGAAGUUUGGAAGGGUGGUCCUCAUCAUGAAAAAGACGGUUGGAAAAGACAUGUCAAGGAAAUCAUAGCAAGACGCCAUAAAAUCAUCUUGUCUUCGUGUUGGUAUCUUAAUUAUAUUCAUUAUGGUGAAGACUGGCGAAGUUACUACAACUGUGAUCCUGUUUUAGGUGUAAAUGCAACGGACGAGGAAAAGGAAUUCAUUCUUGGAGGAGAAGCUUGCAUGUGGAGUGAAUAUGUCGAUCAAGUCAAUUUACUCUCAAGACUGUGGCCUAGAGCUUCAGCUGUUGCUGAAAGAUUAUGGAGUCAUCCUGGUGAUACAAAUGACUCUGAUAGUGCACUUUUCAGACUUGAUGAACAAAGAUGUCGAAUGCUCAGACGUGGAGUGGAAGCUCAGCCUUUAACAAAUGGAUAUUGUGGCUCAUGGGAGUUGGAUCUUCAAUUUGGUGCCCUUGAUUCAUCCUCCAUGCAAAUAGUCAAUAACCAGUCACUGUUUUUAUCCUCUUUUAUUCUGUUAAUUUAUUUCGUUACAGUCUUCAAGUCAUUUUAAAUAAAACAAAUAGACUGUACAAAUGUUAACAAAAUAGUCGUUAUCAAAAUCCAAGCUCAAGAAAAUGUUCUCAUUAAUAUAUUUUAUGGAUAGUCAAAUAAUAUCGAUGAUUUAAUCCAGGGUUCAGUUAUCACCAAAAGAUUAACCAAAAUUUGCAAAAUUUACUUGCAAUAUAAAUAAUUAAAGUACAUUGAUUUUAAAAGAUAA